AUGGGAGCCAGGCCUCUUGCUGGCCGCCUCCCUCCCGGAAUCUUCACUAACCAGACCCAGGCAGCCUUCUGGGAGCCAAGACUUUUGGUGUUUCUUGGUCGCAGGGCUGACCUCCAGCCUCUCCCAGAAGCUAAUCUUGUUAACCUUCCUAUCAUUGCUCUGUAUAACACAGACGCUCCUCCAUGUUGUAUGGACAUUGCCAUCCCAUGCAACAGAGAGAAAGCUCAUUCUGUGGAUCUGAUGUGGUGGGUGCUGGCCCAGGAAGUCCUGCACGUUCGUGGCACCAUCUUCUGUGAACACCCAUGGGAGGCCAUGUCUGAUCUCCGCUUCUGCAGAGAUCUGAAGAGACUGAGAAGGAAGAACAGGCAGGCAGCUGCUGGAAAAGCUGUGACCCAGGAGGAAUUUGGAUGUGAAUGGACUGCUCCAGCUCCCGAGUUCACUGCUGCUCAACCCAAGGUCACAGGCUGGUCUGAGGGCAUGCACGUGCCCUCUGUGCCCGUUCAGUGGUUCCUUGGUGAGGACUACAGGGCUCAGCCCACCACUGAAGACUGA